GAACGGCUGCUCGGAGCAAGCAAGGCGGCGGAGGAAAAAGAAGGUAAACGCAGCGAACAAAAACACACACAAUGGCGACGGCGGCGACCACGGCUAGCGGGCCGACCACCGGCCCCGUCGGUGGAGGCAGCGGCGGUGGGACCGCGGUGGGGCGCAAGAAAGACGGCGGCCCAUCCGCCAAAUUCUGGGAGAGUUCCGAAACUGUUUCCCAACUGGAGACUGUUCGUCUGUGGAUCGGCAAGCACUACAAGAAGUAUGUCCAGAACGACUCGCCCACUAGCAAGUCCCUGGCUGGCCUGGUUGUGCAGCUGCUUCAGUUCCAGGAGGACUCUUUUGGACGCAAAGUCAACAAUCCAGCUCUCACCAAGCUGCCGGCCAAAUGCUUCCUGGACAUGAAAGCGGGGGGUGCGCUCUGCCACAUCCUGGGAUCGGUCUACAAGUUCAAGAGCGAGCAGGGCUGGCGCCGCUUUGACCUGCAGAACCCUUCCCGUAUGGACAGAAAUGUGGAGAUGUUCUUGAACGUGGAGAAGAACUUGGUGCAGAACAACUGCCUGACGCGGCCCACUGUCAUCUUGUCUCCCGACAUGGAGGCCAAGCAAGUUAGUAAGCUCAAAGAUGCCAUUAAAAGGCACCAGGGUUCCAUCACUGAGGACAAGUCCAAGGCCACCCACCUCAUUUUCCCGACUCCGUCGCAGCAGGACGAAGAGGAGUGGCUGCGUCCCGUCAUGAGGAAAGACAAGCAGGUUCUGGUUCACUGGGGUCACUACCCAGACAGCUACGACACCUGGAUGGCAGCUGGCGAGGUGGACGGCGACGUGGAGGAGACGCCCAGCACCGACCGACCGUGGAAGGUCCAUGCCAGGUGGGUUCUGGACACGGACGCCUUCAACGAGUGGAUGAAUGAGGAAGACUACGAGGUGGAUGACAAUAAGAAGCCUGUCAGCUUCCGCCAGAAGAUCUUCUUGAAGGAGGAAGAGUCGUCUUCCCGUACGCCCGAUCGCAAGGAGCGCAAGGCCAACUCCACCGGCAAGAAGAGGAGGCGCUCGCCCUCCCCUCCCACCACGCCUGCCGAGUCCCGGAAGAAGGGCGGGAAGAAGGGGAACCAGGGACAUUACUGGAAGCGGCGAGGACACCGCGGUGAAGAGGAGGACACAGAGGACGAUGUCACCAAGGACCUGGACGACUCGUCUGCUGGUGCUAGCAUGGAGGAGGGAAGUGUUUCGAAGAAUGCUCAUUCAAAGAAGGAUUCUGAGAGCACACCUCUAAAAGGAGACAAUGGAGCAGACUUGGAUGACAUGGAGGAUGACUCUGUGGUGUCUGGUGGGAAGGAGGACGAGGACCAGAACAAAGCAGAGAUCAGCCGCCUGAUGGACUCGGGCGAGGACAACGUGACAGAGCAGACGCACCACAUCAUCAUCCCCAGCUACAGUGCCUGGUUCGACUACAACUGCAUCCACGAGAUCGAGAGGAGAGCCCUACCAGAGUUCUUCAAUGGGAAGAACAAGUCCAAAUCUCCAGAAAUAUACCUGGCCUACCGCAACUUCAUGAUCGACACUUACCGCCUCAACCCCCAAGAGUACCUCACCUCCACCUCCUGCCGCAGGAACCUGACAGGGGACGUAUGCGCCAUUAUGAGGGUCCACGCCUUCCUGGAGCAGUGGGGCUUGGUGAACUACCAGGUGGACUCAGACAGCAGACCUCUGCCCAUGGGACCCCCACCGACCCCCCACUUCACCGUGCUGGCCGACACGCCCUCUGGCCUCAUGCCCCUCAAUCACAGACCUCCUCCGAUUCCACCUUCACAGCAGAUGGCCAAUUUCCCUGACAAGAUGAAAGACAAAGCCAUCGACCUCCAGAAUUUUGGCCUCCGCACCGACCAGUACAAGAAAAACUCAAAGGGUAAAUCAGUGGUGUCCUCUCGAGAAUGGACCGAGCAAGAGACUCUGCUUCUGCUGGAGGCUCUAGAAAUGUUCAAAGACGACUGGAACAAAGUGUCAGAGCACGUGGGCUCGCGCACACAAGACGAGUGCAUUCUGCACUUCCUGCGCCUGCCCAUCGAGGACCCCUACCUGGAGAGUUCGGAGACGUCGCUAGGCCCACUGGCUUACCAGCCAAUCCCCUUCAGCCAGUCGGGAAACCCCGUCAUGAGCACAGUCGCCUUCCUGGCUUCCGUGGUGGACCCCAGGGUGGCGUCCGCCGCUGCCAGGGCUGCGCUUGAGGAGUUCUCACGCGUGCGUGAGGAGGUUCCCGCCGAGCUAGUGGAGGCUCACGUGAAGAAGGUGCAGGAGGCGGCCAGGAGCACUGGCAAGGUGGACCCCGCCUUCGGACUAGAGAGCAGCGGCAUUGCCGGCACUGCCCCUGAGGAACCCGAGAAGACGGGUGAGUCACAGGCCGCAGAAGGGGACAAGACUGAGACGGACACAGAUUCCCAGCAGGGGGACAAGGCUGAGUCCAAGGACGAGGCGGAGAAGCCAAAUGAGUCCGCCGAGAAAAGCGGCAAGAUGGAGGCUGCUGAGAAGGUGAAGAAGGAGAUCGUGGAGGUUUUGGAGCGAGAGGACGAAAGCGAAGAAGGACACGAGGCCAAGGCCACUCCUGCUGAUAAAGACGAAGACGAGUCCAUGGAGACAUCCUCCUCUGAACAGGAGAAGGACGAGAAAGCCACCACGGAGGAAGGAGAGGAAAAGAGGAAAAAGAUGGAGAAUGACAUCGGAGAAGGAAACAUCGCCACAGCUGCCGCCGCUGCGCUGGCGUCUGCUGCCACCAAGGCCAAGCACCUGGCGGCCGUGGAGGAGAGGAAGAUCAAAUCACUGGUUGCUCUGCUGGUGGAGACUCAGAUGAAGAAGCUGGAGAUUAAGCUGAGGCACUUUGAGGAGCUCGAAACUAUCAUGGACCGUGAGAAGGAGGCUUUGGAGCUUCAGCGUCAGCAGCUGUUGACAGAGCGUCAGGCGUUCCACAUGGAGCAGCUCAAAUACGCCGAGAUGAAGGCUCGCCAGCAGAUGGAGCAGCAGGCGGCGGCAGCUGCCGCCGCCGCCGCCGCAGCUCAGAGCCAGGGCCACGUCCCCGGAGCCGGACAUCACCCAGGACCGGCGGGCAUGCAUCCCGGAGGCCCGCCUCCCCACCACGGAGGACCUCAACCCGGCGCCGCCAUGCACCCCAGUUACCCCCCCAUGGGUCACCACCCCAUGGCGCCCCACCACCCGGGUCAAAUAGCUCCCAUGGGCCCAGGUCAGCCACUGCCUGGGCGCAUGUUGGCCGGACCGCCCACUGCUGGACCCCCACCUGGUGGCAUACCUCCCAUGAUGCCCCCACGCCACCCGGGAGCCCCCAACGGCAUGUACCCAGGACCAGCGUCAGCACAGCCUGAAGCCGUGCCCCCGCUUCCUGUUGGCCCUCCAGCACCCUCUGGCGGCCGUGCAGCAGACAACUGAGACCCCAUCCCCUACACACACACACACAACACGCACGCACGCACUUGCAGACUUUACGUAUUGGCCUUUGCUACUCAUCAAUACCACCACUAAAAAAAAAAAAAACAUCUUGGACACACACACACACACACACUCAGGGCUCUGUUCAUUGGUGAGGGCGACAUGGACACACACACAUUAAUUCACACACACAUACAUGCGUUGUAAACACUGUUUCUGCUGAGUCGGGCCUGUUGGAGACUGCUGGCAAACACUGUACAUAGUUACCACCUCCAACCUGGCGAGCGUCUACCUCGCCUCAAACUUACACUGAAUGUGCGUGUGCGUGCGUAGAGGUGCGUGUGGUUCUAUCAAACUUACAUUUUGUGUGUGUGUGUGAGAGUCUAAAGAGGUGUGUGCCUGUUGAUGUGCACGCAUGUGACUUGGACCGUGUAAUUGAGGGUGGGUGUGUCAAACUUAAAAUGAAUGAGUGUUGAGGUGUCUUGCUACCUGCGUGCGUGUGGAGGUGCGUGUCUGUUGUGUGUGUGUGUGCGCGCGCGCCGAGAUUCUUGCCUGUGUGUUGAGAUGCGUACGUGUGUGCGUGUUAAACUUAACACUGAAUGUCUGCGUGUGUUCACCAUUGUGAGCCUCUCCUACUUUUCUGUCUUUUGACCAAAACAAGGAUGACAGAAUCAAACAUCUGCAGUUGGCCAUUCCCCCUCCCAAAACACACAGACACACACACACACACGACUGAGGUUCACACUGGAGCUGACGCACAUGCGCCAGCGAUCUUUGUUGGUGUAGCUGUGACGUCUUUCUAUAGCGCCUAAGCCCCGCCCUCUUCUCUCCUUCCUACCUCGCUAGCCCCCCACACGCACCCCCUCCUGCGCUUUGGUUGAUGUUGGACAAACAUUGUCACCCUUCACGUCCGGAACGUGUGCGCGUAUAGGUUGACAGUUGAAAGAUCGAAUGUUACCACACAGGUGUAAAUUUGAGUCAUCUUUUUAAUCUGCGGUCCACACAUACAAAGUUACUGAACAGCUAGAACUGUUAGCAUCUCUGCUACCUCCUCUGCCUCCUCCUCCUGGCUCGCUACCUCUUCUAGAACCUUCCUCUGGCUUCUCUUGUAGAACCCUCAGCCUCUUAGCCUCCUGCUACCUCUGUUUCCCAGAUUUCUGUUUUAUUUUCCUCGUGACCUCACACCACGCCGUCGCAGGCUUGUUCCACCACUGUUGCGUACAUUAUCUAUAAUGCCUACUACUUGUAUUUUUAAAGGAGUUUUUUUGUGUGUGUAGAUUCUCAUGUGUUCUUUGUAGCAUUUCCUUUGAUUUUUGUACCCGGUCCGUGUACUACGUGGACCGACACGCAGGCCAAUAAAAUGUUUUUCUACAAA